AUGGGGGAGGGUGAAAUAUGUGGAGGGCCCUGGACCCCUUUCUACCGGUGCCUCAUUGCCUUUCUUCCUUCUGCCUCCCGACCCCGCCCCCUUUUCGAGUUCUACCAAGAGACCCAUGACUACUUCAACUACCAGAGCCCCAAGUUCAUGCGAGAGGAGAAGACCGGCUUCCAGCCCAACACCGGCGACUUCGACGUGGCCGAGUGCUACAAAAGCGUCGACUCGGUCGAGGAUGUCAUCCUGACGCUCGACAGUACGUCUUGCCCAUUCCAAGCCCAGCCGCAUGCCGCGACUGUGGACUGUCUUCUGGCCUCACAGCACACACUCAUCAACCCCAUUCUAUUUCACACACACACACAAACACAAACACAGGCACCACCGUUUCUGAUAACCUUGCAUGACACGAUGCCAUUUGAGUGGUUUUUCCGCUUCAAAAGACACCUCGACUGGAGGGGACUCGAGCUUGGGACUGAUGGAAAAGCAAAAAAGCCAAACAGACUUAUCGCAGAUGCUUAG